AUGAUGAAACCACAGCUGAUGAUGGCCAAGACAGUGGAAAGCGAAGAAGGUGCAACUCACGGAUGGGCCGUAACACAGCGUCAGCCAUUACUCCAGCAUCGGAAAAAUGCCAAAUCGAGUUACGAAAGUACAGGAUCGACGCAGGCCAGAACAGCUCCGGAACGGCUACAUGUUAGAACAUCGAGUACACCUCAAGAAACCACUGACUUGACUUGGCCCGGGCGAGGAUUGCAGUGUCACUGA